CUCUCUCAACUUUCUCUUCACAUCUCUCUCUCUCUUUCUCUCUGAGUGUUCUUGAUUCUUGAAACAAGAAGAAAGAUUGAUAUGGCUCUUGAAGCUUUGAAUUCUCCGACCACGCCUCGGGCGUCGGUGUUUCAGUUCGAGGAUCCGGCGAGCCUGAGCUACCUUGAUCAGCAGUGGGCGAAGGGGAAGCGAUCCAAGCGGCCGCGCAGCGUGGAGCGUCAGCCUACUGAGGAGGAGUAUUUGGCGCUCUGCCUUAUUAUGCUCGCGCGCAGCGGUGGUGGGUCGUCGGCUAAGGCGGUGGAGGCUCCGGCGGCGGCGCCUAGGCCGCCGCCGCCUCCGCAAGUUUCGGAGCAGAAUAAGCUGUUGUAUAAGUGCUCGGUUUGCGACAAGGCGUUUGGGUCUUACCAGGCUUUGGGUGGGCACAAAGCCAGCCACCGCAAGCUCGGCGGCGGCGAUGACCAUCCUACUACCUCAACCGCCACCAACAGCUCCGCCGGCGCCGGCGCCGGUAGGACCCACGAGUGCUCCAUCUGCCACAAGUGCUUCCCCACCGGCCAGGCCUUGGGCGGCCACAAACGGUGCCACUACGAAGGCACCAUCGGAAACGGCGGCGGAAACAGCGCCGCCGCCGGCACGUCGUCGUCGGGAACCGGGUCCUCCAAUAGCCUCCGCAACUUUGACUUGAACCUCCCUGCCUUGCCGGAAUUGUCCCCUGUUUUCCUCCGCCGCUUCGCCGACGACGAGGUGGAAAGCCCCCAUCCGGCGAAGAAAUCUCGCCUCCAAAUUCCGACAAAACUCGAAUUGUUCUAGGAGGAUCUUGCAGUCACCAAAUUAUGCAAUUUUUAAUUUUUAUUUUUUCCAUUUAUCUUUCUGGUUGGGAUAGACACAAUUCUUUGUUGUAAAUACAUCAGUUUGAUUGUGACAGUGAAGCAAGUGAUUAUUUAAUUAAUUCAAUUUUUUUGGAUGAAAUUUUACUAUUUAAUAUU